UUUACCACUGACAGCACAUUUCAAGAUAACAGCGGCUUGAGAUCCCGACAACAUGCCAUUCAAACCUCCAGAGCAAGCCAGGUGCCCCAAGUGCGGCAAGUCGGUCUACGCGGCCGAGGAGAAGGUUGCUGCCGGCCAAAAAUGGCACAAGUUCUGCUUCAAGUGCGGUUUGUGCAACAAGCUUCUAGAGAGCACCAACGUGGCGGAGCACGAGGGCGAGCUGUUCUGCAAGGUGUGCCGCCGUAAGUACGGUCCCAAGGGCUACGGCUUCGGCGGCGGUGCCGGCGCUCUGGGGAUGGACAAGGGAGAGCGAUUCGGCAACGUGGAGUGCGAAAUGGACACCAAGCCCAGGGAGCAGGUGGUUGGUCGGGGCGCCAGCAGCAGCACGGGCCCCAAGUGUCCUCGCUGCGGCAAGACUGUGUACGACGCCGAGCGCGCCAUCGGCAGCACUGUGCCAUGGCACAAGAGCUGCUUCAACUGCAAAAACUACAAAGUCCUGGACUCCACCACCAUGGCGCACACGGAAUGA